AUGCAACCAUGUCACUUUUUCACCUGUGCUGCUCCCACAUGCAAAUUGCAUGCUGGUGGUGUUCGCCGAUUUCAGGAUUCAAAGGACAAGUCUUCAACAGCUAAUCUGAAGCAUCACGCAAUUCAUUGCUUUGGUGAAGACGCUGUCAAUGCUGCCAUCAGUGGUAAGGCAGCCUCUGAAUGCAAUGGCUCGGUUUUUGCCCUCUUUGCACGAAACAGCAAACAGCCAGUCAAGUAUUCGCAUUGUGUUCACACUAACCCAGAAUUACGGUAUGUUCUUCUUUUCAGUGUACCUUCACAUUGGAAUACUUACUGUGACAGAUACACAUCUUUUGAAAAGUGGCGGGUGCGCAUUGCAAAGUUGCUUCAGGAGCACCCUGGUCUUGUUCAUUUUGGAACAGAUGCCUGGACAGCUACCAAUCAUCACACAUUUGUGGCAUGGACUGGUCAUAUUGAGUAUGAAGGUAUCAUGCUCGCAUUUCUACUUGAUAUAGUUGAGGUUCCUGAAGUGAGUCAAUAA